AUGCGAUUGAGGUCCUUUAAACUGAUUUUAAUUUACUUUGGCUCUUUAAUUCAUCAGACAUUGGCUAAUCAUGACUCGAAAUCCGUCCUGAGAUUCCCAGAUGUUGCAUUUUCGAAAAGCCUUACAGAAUUCGAUUCUUUGGCUAGCGUGUAUCAAACUUUAUCUAGAAAACCGACUUGUUAUCAAGCUACUGCAUUUUCUUUAAUGUCUGCAUGCGAGGUUAUAAGUACCGAACUCUCAAUGGACGAUCGUAUUGACUACGCAAUUCGUUUAACAAUAUGUGAUCUUGAGCAUGCACAGAUUUCAGUUCCCUUCGAAUGUAAAAGAGAAUCACAAUCAUCAUGUUUGAAACAGCUUGAAUCUGUAUCCUCAUGGUGGAUAUCUUUCGCCAGCCAUUACCAUGAUAUAUCUCAUUUAUGUAAAUUAGCACGAUUGGAAUUUGAUAAAGGAAUAUCUAUUGAAGUUAAUAGAAAUAUAACGUUGAUCCAGAAAGAUCUAUUAGAGCUGCUGAAAUCUGAAUUCCAAUACUUCCAAACAAUUUCUAGCGAUUUUAAGUAUGAAACUAUACUUGAAAAUCAGAAAAUGAUUUCUUUGUUUCAAGACAGAACAGAGCAAAUGGAUUUGUUGCUGGAAAAUGAAAAAUUAAAUCUAGUCAAUUGGAAAAGCGACCAGAACCAAAUAGCUUUAAAGCAAAAGGAGUCGUUGGCACAGUCUUCUGAAUUAACCCAAAGGCUUGGUUCCAUGAAAAUGAUAGUCCAUGAACUUUUAACACAAGCUUAUGAAGACCGUGAGGCUUUGAAUGAACAGUUUCAAGGAAGAGCACUAGCACAAAAUGAUAACGUCUUAAAACUAUUAAAAGAAGAAACUUCAGAAUUUCAUACUGACUAUCAUGAAAUGUUGUCCUUAGUUUUGAGGGAUACUGAAAAUACACUUCAAUCAGCCUUGGGAAAAGAGGUUACUCAAUUUUUGAAUCAAUUUUCUACUUUAACAAACAAAAUGAUAUAUCUAGAUAAAGAAUUGGGCUCUUUACAUGAUUCUUUUAUGAAACAUUCUUUGGCCCAGCAAGAACAGAUCUCGCAAUGGAAAACAGAAAUGUUUGACCUCAAUAACAGCCAAUUUGAAAUUUUUAGCAAGUUUGAUUCUUUUAUUAAAGUUAUAAAAAAGUUUACAGACUUCUCGCUAGCAGGUCUCGCAAAGUCAGCAAGCGGUAUAUUCAUGUUAGGCAUAUUUUUGGUCUAUAAAUGUUUGAAACUUAUACUUUCAGCCUUUAAACUGCGACCUUUCUCUCCAAAAUAUGUUUUGAUGAUUAUAAUUGCAUCUGUAAUCUGUUAUAAGUACAUGUACCCUAUAAACUUUAUUCAGACUAUUAAAAUUGGGCGUUCUCUCACCUUAAAUAUCAAAAACUAUGGACUUAUUGUCUUGUUAUUUAUAUGCUUUAUUUACUCUAUUUACCUGCUAAUUUCUCGUCUUAUUAAAACAUUUAGAAAACAGGAACCUGCCUCAAAAUUACUAUUACUGGCUCCACCGGAGACUGUUAAUUUUCCAGAGUCUAGAAGGACAAAUCAUUACAAUUGUGACAAUCCGGGAUUUCAGAACAGGAAUGAUACCAAUUCUCUUGGUAUAUCUGAAUCUCAAUGGUUUUUAAAUGAUCAAACUCAACCUACGAGCAUAAACCAUAAUCUUGGCGACGAUAUUUUUCAACAAAAAGCUUGGUGGGAAUAA